AAGAAAUUUUCUUAAAAGGCGGUUCAAAUAUAGCAGUAUCAAAAAAUUAACGAACUUAUUUUUUUAGGAUGUUUAACGCGAAAAUGGAAGUAAAGAAAAUUAAAGAAAAAUAUGCGUGGCAAGCAUUUAGAAAAUUAGAUGAAAAGGAAAAUGGAAAGAAUGAUUUUAUACUAGUGAAAGAAUACAUUAAAAACAUGAUUAAAUAUAUUUUGAUAUAUUUCAACAACGAAAAUGAUUUAUUACAAGCAAUUUAUAAAUCCACAAUGGAAGAAGAUCUAGGGAUAGGACUUCAAAUGAAAGGGCAAGACGAAUUAAUUGGAAAGGAUGGAGUUUUCAAGAAAAACAAUAAAUUUAGUGUACCUACACAUACAAUAUCUAAUGGUGAAAAAUUUCUAGAUGCACUAUCAAGUCCACUUUCCACGAUACCCAGAAGUAAAGAAGAACAUGAAGAACUUGACGAUUUGAACAAUAAAUUUAGUGAACGUCUGGAUAAUUUGGAAAAGAAGAAAGAGUUAUCAAACAAAGAAGGAACGACGAGUAAAGAGAGAGACAAUUUUAAUAAAAAUAAAAAAUGCGCAGUGACAACGCAAGGACGAAAAGAAGAUUCCGACAGCGAAUGUUAAACAAAUUUGUCCUUUUUAAUUAAACAAAUUUAAGAUCAAUGUUCUUGGAUUUGCGCUUGGAUCUGGUUGAAGAUUAAUGCGAACGAUAUGGAAUUUCGGGAUACAUUUCCAUCAAGAGCGUAGAU